AUGUUUAAUAGAGUGUUUACUAGAUCAUUUGCAUCAAGCUUAAAAACCGCGGCUUCCAAAGGUGCUGUCCCUCCACCAGUGAGAUUAUUCGGUGUUGAAGGCACUUACGCAACUGCUUUAUACCAGGCUGCUGCGAAGAAUUCAUCGAUUGAUUCUGCCUUCCAAUCUUUGCAAAAGGUUGAAAGUACAGUCAAGAAGGACCCAAAGUUAACGCAUUUACUACAGAAUCCUGCAUUGUCGUUGCAUGAUAGAAAUACUGUUAUUAAUGCCAUCGUGGACACUCACAAGAAUUUGGACGGGUACGUCGUCAACUUGUUAAAGGUUCUUUCUGAAAACAACAGAUUGAGUUGUUUUGAAAAGAUUUCUUCGGACUUUGGUAUUUUAAACGAUGCUCACAAUGGGUUGCUCAAAGGUACUGUGACGAGUGCCGAACCUUUAGAUCCUAAAUCUUUCAAGAGAAUUGAGAAGGCUUUAAGUGCAUCUAAAUUGGUGGGGCAAGGCAAAUCUUUGAAAUUGGAAAACGUGGUUAAGCCUGGAAUCAAGGGUGGUUUGAUUGUAGAACUUGGUGACAAGACUGUCGACUUAAGUAUCUCUACAAAAAUUCAAAAAUUGAAUAAAGUCUUAGAGGAUAGCAUUUAG